AUUUGAACCUUCGCAGUUCGAUCGGCCAUAUUGCCUCUUACACAACGCCCUCACGCGAACGAACCGUGGGGUUUAUUGUGAAAUACAUUUCGAGGCUUGCCGCGUCGUCGCGUCUCGCAUCGCGCGCACAAUUUCAUCGAACUGAUUAACCAACAUUAGUGUUGCUGUAUGAAUUAAAUGCUUCAAUCAUGACGAGUAACGUAACAACUAUAAAAUUGGAAGAGGGGCAAGAAUCUGUCACGGAGAUACAAACUUACUUAGAAACAUUUAAUAAAGAAAUAGAGGGAGGACAAGGAGAACACUUACAUGUGCAAUUACAACAAGUGGAGGGAUUAUCUGGCGGUGAAGAAGGUGGGACAUAUUUUGUCGAUCAGUCUGGUCAAUAUUACUACCAGGCAAAUAGCGAUGAACCGCCUGUGAUGACACAAGUGCAAAUACAAGAAGUAGAAGAAACUGAUGUACAAAAUGAAGGGGAAGCAACUCAAGAUGAACAGUAUCACGAAAUUGAAGAGCUUGAAAAUGCCGAGGAUGAAGAUGGACAAGUAGCCACUAAUGAAAACAAUCAAGUUGUAAUUAAUUCUGGUGAUGCAUAUCAAACCGUCACAAUUGUACCAUCUGAUACAAAUCCUGGAGAAGUUAGUUAUGUUUUGAUAGUUCAGCAACCUGAAUCCGAAGAAAAAGAAAGUAAACCUGCAGAAAAUGAAACAAUAACGGCAACAACAACAGCAGCGACAGCCGAAGGAGAGGAAGCAGAAGGUGAACAAGAUCUCACUGUAUAUGAUUUUGAGGACAAUGAAGACAACGAAGCUCCAGUGGAAUCCGAGGCGGAAGAUGAUAAGACUAAAAUCAUUAAAUUUCUUCCUAAAAAAUCUCAAACUGUAACACAAGCUCAUAUGUGUAACUACUGCAAUUACACCAGCCCAAAACGAUAUCUCUUAUCACGGCACAUGAAAUCCCACUCGGAAGAAAGACCACAUAAAUGUAGCGUUUGUGAGAGGGGAUUUAAAACUUUGGCUUCGUUGCAGAAUCAUGUGAAUACUCAUACUGGGACCAAGCCUCAUCAUUGCAAAUUUUGUGAGAGUGCAUUUACGACUUCUGGUGAACUGGUAAGACAUGUUCGAUACAGACACACUCAUGAAAAACCGCACAAGUGUCACGAGUGCGAUUAUGCAUCUGUGGAGCUAUCAAAAUUGAAGAGACAUAUUAGAUGUCAUACAGGCGAACGACCCUAUCAGUGUCCACACUGUACAUAUGCAAGUCCAGAUACAUUUAAACUGAAACGUCAUCUUCGUAUUCACACUGGAGAAAAACCAUAUGAAUGUGAUUUUUGCCAAGCAAGAUUUACUCAGUCCAACAGUUUAAAAGCACAUAAAUUAAUACAUAAUGUGGGCGAUAAACCAGUAUUUCAGUGUGAAUUAUGUCCAGCUACAUGUGGCAGAAAAACAGAUCUCAGGAUUCAUGUGCAAAAAUUACAUACUUCUGAUAAACCUUUAAAAUGUAAACGUUGUGGAAAAACAUUCCCGGAUAGAUAUAGUUAUAAAUUACAUAGCAAGACUCAUGAAGGAGAAAAAUGUUACAAGUGCGAUUUAUGUCCAUAUGCGUCCAUAUCGGCGCGUCAUUUGGAGAGUCACAUGCUCAUUCAUACCGAUCAAAAGCCAUACCAAUGUGAUCAUUGCUUUCAAUCAUUUAGGCAAAAACAGUUACUCAAACGGCACUGCAAUCUCUAUCAUAAUCCUUCUUACGUUCCUCCACCGCCGCAAGAAAAAACGCAUCAAUGUCCUGAAUGCGAAAGAGCAUUUAGACAUAAAGGUAAUCUUAUCCGACAUAUGGCCGUUCAUGAUCCAGAAUCAUCUUUACAAGAAAAGCAACAGGCAUUGAAAAUCGGCAGGCAGAAAAAGAUACAAAUCAUUGAUGGUCAACGUGUUGAAGUAAUGACAGGUUACGAAGAUGAAGAAGAGGAAGAAGAUGAAGACGAUAUGAUGGCAGUCCAAGGCAGUGAUGGACAACAAUAUGUUGUACUCGAAGUCAUUCAGUUGGCUGAUAAUCAAGGAACUGAUCAAAUGGCCGUAGUCGCAAAUGAAGAUGGAGAACUAGUAAUGCAAGAUCCUUUAAGUCAAGAAAGUGGUAUAGUAGGAGAAACAGGAGAAGGUGAUGAAGUAGACGACGAUAUAGAAAUGCAAGAUUUAAAGAUAGAAUCUAUUACCUCCACUUCACCUAAACCUUCAACACAGAACACACAAAAUGACCCAAAACUGCAAAAAGAAAUGGAAACCUGUUUUGGCUUUGAUGAAGAAGAAGAGGAAGAAGAAGAAAGCGGUAAUAUAAACAUGUUACAGACAAUUUCGUAAUAACAAAUAUUAAGAAGAAAAAUAUACAUAUUCAAUAGCCGAAUAUUUUACUUUUGUCCCAGUGUUAGUGUACGUACCUUCCCCAAAAAAUUAUUAAAAUCGCAAAAAUUAUAUAUACUGUGUACAGAAAAAAAACUGAGUGCAGUGUAUUACCAUCUAAAAAUACUUUGCAUAUCUCUAAUAGGGAGCUGCAGUGUGAUUCACAUGCAUGGUACAAGAACUUCUUUUGCCAUUAGUGCAUUAGGUACACAAUAAUUUAUGAAAAUAUUGUAGUUUUGUGGUUUAGUAAAAUAUCAAGCAAAUGUACAAUUAUGAACUUCUUAAAAAUAACAUCAAGAAAAUUAGAAUAAGAUUAUGCAUAUGUUAAUAAUAAGGACAAACAAUAGGAUAUCUUGGUAUAAUAUUUUUAAGUUUAUUUAUAUAAUUAUGAUAUAGAAACUCGUAUCAUGACUUUCUCUAAAUAAAUGGAAUAAAUUAGCAUAACAUAUUAGUUAUCUGCUAAAAGUGGCUGAAACAAGCUGAAACUAACAAAAAUAAUGAGGCUGCAAUGUAAAUAAAUGCUUGUCAUACACAGUGAAUCUACAAAAUUUUAGGACUAUAUUAAUAAAUCUCAAAAAGUGCCGUAAUUUUUUUUUCUUUAGAUUUAUUAUGUUUAAUAUAGUUCUAAAACUUUAUGGACGCACUAUGUAGUUUGAAUUAGAAAUCAUUUUAAUGUUUGAACAUAAAUGAGAAAUAUCAAGAAGGAAGUGAUUUAAAAAUUGUAUUAAAAAAUAUUUUAUAUGAUCCCACUUAUAAUCACCUUUUCUUAUGUUAAAAAACCAGGAAGUAGAAAGAAUUUUAUGUAAGUUGAAAUAUAUUGGUCAUGAAGAAA